CGGCAUGCCCGGUGGUGGUAUGCCUGGUGGUGGUGCUCCAGGUGGUGGCUCUCCUGGUGGUGGCUCUCCUACUGGCGGUUCUCCUGGUGGUGGCAUGGCUGGCGGUUCUCCAGACGGUGCUUCAGGCGGUUCUCCCGGUGGCGCUUCAGGCGGUUCUCCCGGUGGCGCUUCAGGCGGUUCUCCCGGUGGCGCUUCAGGCGGUUCUCCCGGUGGCGCUUCAGGCGGUUCUCCCGGUGGCGCUUCAGGCGGUUCUCCAGGUGGCGCUUUCGGUGGCGGCUCGCCAGGCGGCGCUCCAGGAGGUAGUUCUCCAGGCGGUUCUUUUGGUGGUGGUUCUCCUCAAGGAGGUUCCCCCGGUGGUGGCAUGCCUGGCGGAGUGCCUGGCGCUGCCAUGCCUACUGGAAUGCCUGGCGGUGGCAUGCCUGGCGGUGGCAUGCCUGGUGGCGGUAUGCCCGGUGGUGGUAUGCCCGGUGGUGGUAUGCCUGGCGGUGGCUCUCAAGGUGGUUCUCAAGGUGGAAUGCCUGGCGGUGGCAUGCCUGGUGGUGGUAUGCAAGGCGGUGGCGGUAUGCCUGGCGGCGGUAUGCCUGGUGGAGGUAUGCCUGGAGGUUCUCCUCAAGGUGGUUCUCCCGCUGGCGGCAUGCCUGGUGCUGCCAUGCCCGCUGUCGCCGCGCCCCGCGAAAAGCGUCUCGCCAUCAACUACGGCCUUGCCGACAAGAGGCAAGACUCCGGCACCCCUUCUCUCCCUGAGUUCUCGCUCGCCAGCCCCAGCCCAACCCAGCCCGAAGGCGGUGCUCCUGGCGUCGCCCCUCCCACCGGCACCGGCGGUUUCGCCAUGCCCACGGGCGGCUUCCAGAUGCCCGGUGGCGGUGCUCCUGGUGGCGGCAGCGAAGGUGGCCAGGACAACAGCUCCGACGACAGACAGGGCGGCGGCUUCUUCCAGUGGCUCAGCAGCCUGUUUGGCAACGGCAACAGUGGCUCGAAGACUGAAGGCAGCUACUAAGCCCCUCCUCCUCAUCCACCAUCGUCUUUCCGUCCUAAAAAGCCACCACCAGUAACUAACUGUUCUUGCUGCAUCAACCCAACAAACUAUCCGGAAA